GCGUCGGGCAGCUAGUAAAACAUUGGACCGAUGCCUUGGAAAACAUUUUGUCCUCACAUCCCUCAGAUAACAUGAAAGUUGUCCACUGAUUCCAGUGGACGCUGCUCAUUAGAAUAACCGUAAAUCACAUGUUAACGUUAGGCAGAUUAUUUUUAUUUGCAGCGGCCACAUUUUCCGUUUUUGGCCGAGCUAACUACCUAGCAUAGCUAACUCCACAUAGCCUGUUAGCAACGCCUAUGAUGGCACAGCCGGACAGCGACUCGAUAAAGGAAGCCUAGACUCUGCAUGGCAACGGACUGGCAGCAGCGGGAGUGAGCAGCCAAUUAGCCAAGGCCUCCGGUAGCAACAUGGCGUCCCGUCAGAGGAACUCGGUCCGGAUCCUGUCCAGCCGGGAGCGAGGCUCCCAAACCUUUGGCUCCCAGAGGCUCCUGCAGCUGCUGGUGGAGGAGAAAGUCCGCUGGAUGAAAUGGCAGAGUCAGAAAGUGGAGCUGCCGGACAGCCCUCGGUCAACGUUCCUGCUGGCGUUCAGCCCCGACAGGACCCUCAUGGCUUCCACGCAUGUCAACCACAACAUUUACAUAACGGAGGUGAAGACUGGAAAGUGCCUACAUUCCUUAGUGGGCCACCGCAGAACCCCCUGGUGUGUGACCUUUCACCCCACAAUCCCCGGCCUGGUGGCUUCCGGGUGCCUUGACGGCGAAGUCCGCAUCUGGGACCUGCAUGGCGGCAGUGAGAGCUGGUUUACAGAGAGCAACGUUGCCAUUGCGUCCUUGGCUUUCCACCCGACGGCUCAGCUACUCCUCAUCGCCACCAACAACGAGCUCCACUUCUGGGACUGGAGCCGACCGGAGCCCUUCGCCGUGGUCAAGACGGGCAGUGACACGGAGAGAGUCCGGUUGGUGAGGUUUGAUCCUCUUGGUCACAACCUACUGACGGCGAUAGUGAAUCCGUCCAACCAGCAGAGCGAGGAGGACUCGGAGGUUCCUAUGGACAGUGUUGAGAUGCCUCACUUCCGCCAGCGCUCUUUCCUGCCUUCCCAGCCGGUUCGCCGCACACCCAUCCUCCACAAUUUCCUCCACAUCUUGUCGUCUCGCUCUCCUGGGGCUCAGGCGGCGGGGGAGCAGCCACGCCCUCUGGGUGAAAAUGGAAGCAAUGUCGGAGAGUCUCCCAGCAUGCCUCUGGCCCAGUACCCCACCUCUGAACGCGGACCUCCCUUCCCGGGCUGCACCCAGCACCUCGGCAUGGUUUGUCUAUGUAGUCGCUGCUCCGUCAAUCGCAACAGUUCCCUGGCUGCUAAUGCGACGCCCUCUGAUCCCAGGGUGUCCUCUGAAACUCCUCAGCCUACCCCGGCUUCCACUUUCUCUUCGGCCCGUACGGAGCCCAGACAGCCCUCAGAACGACCCUCUGCCUUUACCUCGGUCUACUACAGCGCCGGCACUUCUCUUAAUCCCACCGCACCGAGCGGCGUCGAGCCGCACUCCACCUCCAGACCAGGACCCGACUGGACACGCAACCUGCUAAGUAUGAGGGAGGGUGGAGUUGGUUUAGGUAUGCUCCCUCCCAGAACCUCCUCUUCCUCAAUCAGCCUCCUGUCAGUGCUCCGUCAGCAGGACGGCUCCUCUCAGUCCCCUGUCUACACCUCUGCCUCCGAAGGACGGGGUUUCCCCCAGCAAGGAGAGCCCGGGGCCCGAGAUGGUUCCGGUACAAGCAGCGGGCAUCAUCCAUUCUGGGAUGGCUCUCGCAGCAACACGGCCUCCUUCCGCAACGUGCUGCAGUGCAACCUGAGCCGCUACUUCAUGGAGUUUGACCGCAUGCAGGACCUGGAGCCCCCGUUAGGGGGCAGCAUGGCGGAUGGAAGUCAGGAGCAGAGCCAGGAGUUGCUCAAUAAUAACAUGGACCCAGAGAGACCUGGACCUUCCUCAACUUCCUCCACCUCCUCCCCUACUAUAAUCCACUACCAGCCUCCUCUCCCUCCUCCUCCUACCUCCAACAGCCUGGAGAACAAUAUCCCUCCCCCGGCCUCACGAGGCCAUCUGAACCGCUGCCGGGCCUGCCACAACCUGCUGACCUUUAACCAUGACUCUCAGCGCUGGGAGCGCACCAACCAGGCCUCCUCCACCUCGGCCUCCACUCUGGAGCCCUCCUCCUCUUCCCCCUCCUUUCCUCCUUCUUCCCCUUGGCAGCCUGAGGAUGGAAGGAGGACAGUAGAAGCCCAACCCCCAGAGAGGAGGGCGCCACCAGUGCCCAGCGAGCAGCCGCCUCCCCACGGUGGAGGAACGGUGUCCUUCCCGAUAGCCCCGACCCCCAGCCAGGCUGGAGAGCAGACAGUGGGGCUGGUGUACAACCAGGACACAGCGCAGUGGGAGAGAGUGUACCGGCAGGCUGCUGUCGGCAGAUCGGCAGAGCCACCGGAGGCCUUAAGCCAAGAAAUGCCUGUAGACCCCCCAGAUGAGGACUCGCUGAGGAGACGACUGUUGGAAUCAUCUCUGUUAUCGUUGUCUCGCUAUGACAUGUCAGGAUCGAGAGACCACCCCAUUUACCCCGAUCCAGCCAGGCUUUCUCCAGCUGCUUACUACGCCCAGAGAAUGAUCCAGUAUCUGUCGAGGCGAGACAGCAUUCGUCAGCGUUCACUUCGCUAUCAGCAGAACCGCCUACGGGCCAUGUCGACUUCAUCCGACAGCCCUGCCAGCAACCCGUCCAACUCCAUGGACAAUAGCGAUGUGGACUUUGAGGAGCUGGAUGAUAAUGGAGACCGAGCGAGGCACAGGACGCCACGUAACGCCAGGAUGUCUGCGCCCUCGCUGGGUCGCUUUGUCCCGCGGCGUUUCCUCCUGCCGGAGUACCUGCCCUACGCUGGGAUCUUCCAUGAAAGAGGUCAGCCUGGCCUGGCCACACACUCCUCUGUCAACAGAGUACUCGCCGGUGCAUCGAUCGGAGAUGGUCAGUCUGCGGUCGCCAGCAACAUCGCUAACACUACCUACCGUCUGCAGUGGUGGGACUUCACCAAAUUUGAUCUGCCUGAGAUCAGCAAUGCCUCAGUCAACGUUCUGGUGCCAAACUGUAAGAUCUACAACGACGCGAGUUGCGACAUUUCUGCAGACGGUCAGCUGCUGGCUGUCUUCAUCCCCAGCAGUCAGCGGGGUUUCCCAGACGAGGGCAUCCUGGCCAUCUACUCUCUGGCUCCCCACAACCUGGGAGAGAUGCUCUACACCAAGAGAUUCGGUCCAAAUGCCAUCUCUGUUAGCUUGUCUCCGAUGGGCUGCUAUGUGAUGGUUGGCCUGGCCUCUCGCAGGAUCCUGCUGCAUCCCACCACCGACCACAUGGUGGCGCAAGUCUUCCGCCUGCAGCAGCCUCACGGUGGAGAGACUUCCAUCAGGAUGGUGUUCAACGUGGUUUACCCGAUGGCUCCAGACCAGAGGCGCCACGUCAGUAUCAACUCUGCUCGCUGGCUGCCGGAUCCAGGAAUGGGUCUGGCUUAUGGAACCAACAAGGGAGACCUGGUCAUCUGCCGGCCUGUGUUCUACCGAAGCGACGGCGAGAGCCCCGCAGAGUCGAACAGCGAGCCUUUAUUCUCUGUCAACAACAGUGGAACCAGCCGGACCCGAGGAUCUGACAGACCAGGGCCAAACCGCUCUGGCUGGAGGCUGGACAGAGACAUGGGUUUGAUGAACGCGAUUGGUCUUCAGCCCCGACACCCCACCCCUUCAGUGACAUCACAAGGAACCCAGACGCCAAUCAUCCAGCUGCAGAACGCCGAGACACAAACAGAGAGGGACCUAUCAGAGCCCAGCGUCUCCCAGCCAAAACCCAAUGUCCCUUCUGAGACUCCGUCCACGAGCGGAGCUGCACAGCUGGAGGCGUCUCAGGCCAGCAGAGCUCAGGACGGCGGCCAGGCUGAAGCUUCAGCAGAUGCUAACACGUCCGCCGCUAGCACCGGAGAGUCUCCCGAGUUCGGUUCGGGUGAAGACGCCCUGGCGCGAAUCCGCCGGCUGAUCGCUGAGGGCGGGAUGACGGCCGUGGUCCAGCGGGAGCAGAGCACCACCAUGGCCUCCAUGGGCGGGUUCGGAAACAACAUCAUCGUCAGUCACCGAAUCCACCGCGGCUCCCAGACGGGCAUGGGGGCCUCCAGGCCUGCGGCUGACCCCACCGUGACGGCCCCCUCCACCUCCUCGGGUCCUCUCCUCAUCACCCAGACCCAAACCUACGCCCCUCCCCAGGCUUCCGACCCGUCUGAACAGCUCGCCCCCAUGUGGGGUCCCCAGGGGCUGUCGGGCCCCCAGCCCUCCGGCCUCUCUCUGGACAUGGACGACGUGUUUGUUGGGGGUCGAACAGAGGACGAAUCUCUGCCGGGUCCCUCCUCCUCCCUGCUGUUGUCUUCCCCCUCUUCCUCCUCCUCCUCCUCUCACAGCCCCCUCCCCGGAGGGGGCGGCGGCCCCCACAGUUACCCCGGUGACCCCUACAGCAGGUAGUUCUCUAUUGGCCGAGAGAAGCAGAGAGUUGGCCGACGGGUUUAACAAAAGGAUGCUCCUCAAAGCCUUAUCUCCAUCUCUGUAUCUAAUGGGUGCUCCUUCGACUCUGCACAGGGUCUCCCGCCUGGAAAAGAAGGGGCACAAGACGCCCGUCUCACCCCUCCACACCCCCGAACCGUCAGUGGCGUUGUCGUGCACUUCCUCUGCACUUACAGAACUGGACUGAAGCUGAACUGCGAUCAUUCCUCGUCAGAAAGGGCUUCUACUUGAACGGGGGCCGGUUAGCGCUGAGCUCCUCGCCGCCCGGGGGUGGGGUCAGGUGGGAGGGGGCGGAGUUGCUCUUUCUCUCACACAUUUACUCCAACGUGCUGCAUUCGGUGCCAUGUGAUGUUGACAUUUAAUGUGAAAUAGUGAGUGAUUGAAGUGUAAAAAAGUGAAUUCAGCACUUCUUUAUUUUGAAGCCUGUUUUUUUUUUUUUUUUGUUGUUUUUUUUUUUGUACCGUGUAAUUAUGAUGUUUGAAAACAAGAAAUCGUGUCGGCGGCUGAACUCUGUGUCGCCGCCCUGCAGUUAAACGGAGGACGUUACGCGUCUCCAGCACCCAGAAAAUCAAUCAUCGACGACUCAACGGACACCUGAGACUGAACGAGCUGAAUCUACAUCUGCAUGUCUGAUCAGUAUUUUCAUUUCAGUUUUGUUUUGAAACUUUUUUAAAGGCUGAGGAGGAGAAGAACAAUUUCCUGUUUGGGGGAGGGAUUCAUCAUGGCCCGCUCUGAACCCCCACCACUCUUUAGAAAACUCCACCCAACCCGGUUACUAGCACUAAAGUGUGGAUGGACGUGUGCUUGUGUCUGUCUGGAAGUAAACUCUUGCUGAAGCUGAAAAUACACAACAGCGUCUCCGACCACUAGAACCACAGUCAGAGGCGGCGGCGAGAGAGUCAGGGGGCCGUUAUCUGGUCAUCUUCAGAUUGCGUGAGAAAUGCACGUCACGAUAUUUAGUUUGACUUCACAGACGCUAAAAGGAAAACAAGAAAAUAUAUUUACAAGAGUAAAGUAAAGGCUUCUCUCCGCUGAGCGUCAUAGCACUCCUUUAACGCCUACAUUACCCACAAUGCAACACUACCCCACUAACUAAAGGUCUUUCCUCUACACGUAAACACAAACUGACACAACGGCUUACAGGAUUGUAUCAGCUGAGGUUCGGUUUCUUCUUGACCCUUCGAAACCACAGAAUCUCACCUGAAGGUCCGUUUAGUAGCUGUUCUCGAGCUUUCAGUCAUGUGACACGGCCUUUAAAAGAUCUUUUUAUGUACAUGAAGAAGAUCAUGUGAUAUGAUUGAAAGCUCCAGAACUGCAGAUUUCCAUGUUUUUCCCCACACUUGCGUGCAUAAAAGAUCUUUGAAAGGUCAUGUGACAUGAUUGAAAGCUCCAGAACAGCUACUAAACGGACGUUCGGGUGAGACUGUCAAUCAUAAAGUGUCGGUGUCAAACAUUUUGAUGGUCUAAGGUUCUCAGAUGUGACGAUUUUUUAUUCAUCUUUAAAUUAAAGAUUUUUGUGUUUUGAUGGUUUCACAAUAUUCUGAUGUUUUUAAAGCUUAAAGAGUUAAUCCAGAGAAUAAUCAGCAGAUUGUUUGAUAAUGACGAUGAUGCUUAGCUGUUGACCUAAACUACAGUUCUAAUCUAAAUUUAGCAGAACAUUUUGGAUCGUCUGCUGCACCGUGCUUUCGCAGUUUGGAUGCGUUUUUCCUGCAGGAAACGCCGUCUGGUGUGAAAAUGAAUCUGUUGGAUCCGUUAAAGCGAACUGUAAUGUUUGUCUUUUUAAUGUACGCCGCCAUCAUCAUUACCGCGAGGGAUGAUUUAGGUUUGACUGGCUGGGAUGGAUUACACGACUCGUUACUGUAAAGAAAUCAAAGAACACCACCGGCUGCCCGCAGGAUCAACAGAUCCGAGGAGAAGGAUGUCGUUACUUUACAUGUUCAGACCCGAACCAGCAAACAUGUCUGACUUCCCGUCGGUGGCUCUCAGCUGCGAAACCACUGAGCAUCUGUUGGGCACUACUUUCAGCGGCGGAUGAAUCCACGUGUGGCGCUGUAGUGAGCGUGUGGGGCAGCAGGACGGUACAGAGUUCAUGGAGAUGAAGGAACAUGAGGGAAAAGCAGACGGCAGGCUGUUAGGAGAUGCCUUCACGGCUGGUUUGAGUCUGAACAUGAGGUUUAGUCACCAGACUGAUAUCGUAGAUGUAAAAUAUACGUGAUUUUGAGCUGAAAGUGGUCGAGUGGCGCCGCUGCGGUCUUUUAAUGAGCUUCAACGUUAAGUUCUUUAACAAAUGAAGAAGUGAAACCUGCUCGGUAGCAAACAAGCCGCCUCUGGGAAAAUGUGAACACAUUGUGGAUAAACGUGGCUCGAGCUGUGCGGACUGAGCGCGCUCCUGAGCGAGUGUGUGUGUUGUGGUGUGUAGUAGUGGGGAGGGAGGGAGACUCAUGUAGCACCUCCUUUCUGCCGCCGGUCGGGGGGGCAACCUGGUCUUUUUUCCACUACAGGAACCUGAACCUGUAAAGUCCGGGUUCUUGGUUCUGCCUUGUUUUCCGCCGCCCAAUGUUUCCGAUUAACGUCGCUGAAAAGGCGAAGGCGGGACGGAUGUCGUCAUGUUCACGUCCUGUUGUGGGACAAACGAGGAACGUUGACAUCUGCAGAUCUCCAGACCCGGCCGAGUCCUUUGGGACAGGUGACUCCUGGUCCUGGUCUCUCUCUGCUCCUCACCGCCAGAAAACACGCUGCUGGGUCACAUGACCUACAAAUAUUUGUUUCCUGUACAGUUCCGUUGAAAGCACGUUUUUUUUAUUUUCUGCCAGACUUUCGACAGCUCUGCCUCCGAUUGGCUGGUGCUCGUUCCCUCCGUUGGUUAUGAUUAGCCAAUCGGAUGCAGAGUAGGGAGCAGGACUCGACGCAAAGCUCGCUUGCGUCAAAUUAUAUUUGUCGAAGCUCCGGCAGGAAACAAAACAACGUUGAAGCGAGCGGAGCUUUAGGAGAAAUGUCAUUCGCUCCUGGAAAUGUCAUUUUGUAAAUAUUAACGAUUUGCGCUUUAAUGCGCAACAACAUUCAGUUUGCAGGACGCGCGUUUAUCUAAACGCGUCCUGCGGCGCCGACAGACCAGCUGGUACCUGAGCGUCAGGAUUUAGUAUCUCGCCAAACAAAAGUAGAACCAGAGCUGGUGGGUAAACCUGAAGCUCGUUAGGUUCCUGUGGUGGGAAAGGCCUCCACACUAAACCCCGCCCACCUGACCCCCGACCCCACCCGCCUUCCCUCUUUCCCUGAAACACCUGCAGAAGAAAACUUGAAUUUCUUGGAUCAAGUGCUCCUUUUCCUGUCCGACCGCCAACGCUCUGCUGGUUUUAAUUAGUUUUUUAUUGUUAUUCCACAUGUGCUUCGCCGCCCACACACACACACAGGGGCGUGUACUGAAUGUUUGUGUGUGCGUGCGUUUCGGGGUUAUAGUUGGGGGGGGGGGCCCCUGGUUGGAGCCGUGCAGAGACACCGUGUGGCUCCAGACGGAGCUGUUUACUUUUUUAUUUUAUUUUUUUUAUUAUUUAACCCUCUUCGUUUCCUGCAGGUUAGUCCAGGUGAGAUCAGGGAUCUCGUUUCCACGGCGACCUGGACGAGGACAGCGGCGGCUGCAUGUAAGAGACAAACACAGGCUGAUCUGAAUGCUCCUCCUGGCUUUACUUGAUCAAUGAACAUUUUAGAGACUGACUGUUUGUGUGUUUGUUUGUUUGUUUGUUUGGGUUAUCUGGGGGGUGGGGGGGUGGGGAGAGGCUUGUGCCCCUCCCCCCCCCGUGAAUGAUGAACUGAUCACCGCCGUGUCCAACCACGCAGCUGGUGAAUAACGUGGGUGCACCUGUGGAGUCUGUACAGCUCCGAUUCCUUGCUUUGACUUUUAGACGUGAUGUAAUUAAAGAGCUUUGAGAGUUUUUCUGUGACCCGA